UGAAUACCCAAAAAUUGUUCGUACGUAACAGCUGUUGUCUUGGGAAGUGGAGCUCCUAAGGUAUAGAUAAAUAAGAAGACUGACGCUAUAGUGACGAACUGUAGAAUAGACAUUUAUUAUUGUUUAAGUCAAAGAAAAAAUUAUUGAAUAAAUGAUUAUACAGUGCGAUAUUUUCAUUUUAUAUAUGCCUGUAUACGGCGAAGUUAUUUCUUUCUUCUCAUAUCGAGAAAAUCAAACCUGACGGAACUAGAAGGAGGACUGUCUAUAGAAGUAUGGUCAUUUCUACGUGUUAGUCGAUUUAUCGUUUGUAUAAGACAAUAAAAAAAGCUCACCCGACUGAUCAGGCUUGUAGCAACAAAUACCUACGAACAAUUUUUGGGUAUUCAACGUGGAUGGACACGUAAUCAACUUACAUCGUAUCUCAACAAUAAUCCAGGUGUAAUUUCACUUCAAUUAUCUGUUUCCCCUGCCUCAUUUUUUCAAGAUGUUGAGUAUACGAAUACAAAUCCGAAUGUUACAGUUCAUUUCUCAAUACAAAAUAAUGCAUUAGUAUCAAAAAAUCAAUCUGGUUUCAAGGAAAAACAAUUUCCAAUUACAAAAGCACAGUAUGAUUUAAUUCAGGUUGGUAUGACACGAGAUAAAGUGAAAACAAUUGUCGAUAAUGAAGGACAACUUCUUGGUGAGGGUGAAAGUGAUACUCAUAUGGUUCAAUACAAUGGGAGUGGCACUGGGUGGGAGCGUGCCGUUGGACCUACAGUUAGAAUAGACUUUCUGUUAGGAAAAGUUUAUUCAAAAGGAGCAAACUGGUUCAAUGAUUGA